CUUUCUGAGAAAAAAAAGGGAAACUUUUCCGGGCUCAAGGAAGUUUCCCUGGGAAAAAAAAAAAAAAAAAUUUAAUGAUUUUCAGAAGUGAGCUCCUGGGAAGCAAGAAUAAAUGAAUGCUCUUCCUAAUAUGGAUCCCUUUGAGGGUGCAGAUUCUAACCAAACUCCAAGACAACCUGUUGCUGCAUUGACAAAUAGCAACCCUAAUCUUAAGUAUGAAGAAAGCACUCUAACGGAGAAUUCGUGUUUUUAUCAGGUUUCAGAGUUAAUCUCUCUUGGAAAGGAAGACUAUUUUGGAGAUUCAUUGCAGAGUGAGUUUGCUGAUGGGAUGAUAAAGUUUCAGAUUAGUUUCCUGAUGGCAUUACUGUUGCAGCUUCAGCUCCUAGAGAGGAGUUUCAAUCGAAUGACAAUCCCUGAUGAUUUGGCUCGGUUUUUUGCUCUUAUGACGCUACCACCUUCACCAUCAACCAGAAUCUUGCCCCAGAAGAACAAGGUAUCAGAGACCUCAACUUCCUCCACCAGUGUCGGGUCAUUCGACUUAAUUGAUUCAAGUGCUCUUAGAUCCACUGAAAUUUCAUGUUCAGUUGUAUCUUCUGAGAAAAACGUAGUAGAUACCGUCGAUUUUUCAAGCAAGUUCCCAUUAAGUGGAUCCUUUUUGCUCGAGGGUUCAAGUGAAAACUCACCUGCAAGAGAUCUUAUCAUAGCAGUGUUGAUUUGGACGGUUUUGUCUCUCACACUGUUCUUCCAUCUUCCCUGUCAAGUGCAACUUUAUCUGGGGAGAAGGCAUCGGAGACUGGAUUGUUUUCCAGUGUCUUGUCGUCAGAAUUAAUUGGUAAGUAUUAAGACUCAAAUGUAAAGGAAACACUCUUGUUUUCCUUCAUAAUUGAUUUUCAUUUCACAUGUAUUGUGGUUCCAUCAGUGUUAUUGUCCCAGCUCAGUACUAGUCUGUCUGUGUUGUGUGCAUUUUAAACUCAUAUAUCCUGUGUUUUGACUUAUGACUUCUUUUGUAAUAAAUCGUUAGUUUUCCA